AUGUUCCUCCUACAGACCUGCAGUGACCCAAUGGGAACAGGCAACGCCAGCACGUCGAAUGACUUCUUCCUCGUGGGUCUCACCGAUGAUCCUCAGCUUCAGCCCAUCCUUUCUGUCUUCUUUCUGUUCGCCUACGCGCUCACAGUGCUGGGAAACCUGGGCCUCCUUGCCCUCAUUGUCAUCAGCCACCGACUCCACACUCCCAUGUAUUUUUUCCUCAGCAAUCUCUCUUUUCUGGAUGUCUGUUAUUCCUCAGUCACUGUCCCAAAGAUGCUGAUGGGGCUCUUCUCUGGCUCCCAAACCAUCUCUUUCUUUGGUUGCGUGGCGCAGGCAAGCUGCUUUGUGAUCUUUGCAGUCACUGAGUUCUUCCUCCUAGCCUCCAUGGCCUAUGACCGCUAUGUGGCUGUCUGUAACCCUUUGCUGUACCACAGCAUCAUGUGCCCGAGGCUCUGCUUGCAGCUAGUGGCUGCUAGUUAUGCAGUGGGCCUGAUGAACAUGGUGCUCCUUGCUAGUUCAACCUUUCAUCUGACCUUCUGCCACUCCCAUGUCAUCACUCACUACUUCUGUGAUAUCCCUCCACUUUUAAAACUCUCCUGCUCUAACACAUGGGUCCCCCAGAUUCUCCUUUUGGCCUGUGGUAGCUUUAAUGUGUCUGUAUCCCUGACAAUUGUCCUGGUCUCUUAUGUGUGCGUCUUCCUUGCUAUCAUGAGAAUCCCUUCAGCCCAGGGAAAACACAAGACGUUCUCUACUUGUGCUUCACACCUGACUGCCGUCAGCCUUUACUAUGGAACCACAAUAUUCAUUUACCUGCGCCCAUCCUCUGAGUACUCACUGGGCAGGGACAGUAUGGUUUCUGUAUUCUAUACAGUGAUCACCCCCAUGCUCAAUCCCAUGAUCUACAGUUUGAGGAACAAAGAUGUAAAGGAAACCUUUUGGAAUGUUCUUGAGAAGGCUUCACCAUUCCUCUGUCUUCUCGUGCCCAGAAACCGGCGAUGCCCAAAGCAGUAA